GACCGAGGCGUCAUUCCGUCCUUCGUCGUCUCCGAGAAGCUUCAAACUGCACCUGUCGCCAUGAAAAGUUCACUCACAAUACUUUUUUGCUGCGUUUUUUCAGCACUGGCUCAAGAUCAACCCCCUGCGACUGUGACUCCCGCAAAAGAAUUCUUUUCCACAAGCGAACCGGAACCUUCCGGCAACCAAACGACUCCCGCGCCCGCGACCCCGGCCCCCAUCGUAACGACCCGUCCUGUCCCCGCAACAACCAAUGCUACGACCGGUCCCCUGCCCCCAACAACCCACGUGACGACCAGUAAUGGUUCUAGAACAACCAACACUACGACCGGUCCCGUGCCCCCGACGACCCACUUCACGACCGGUGAUGUUCCCACAGCAACCAACGCUACGACCACCCCUGUCCCCUCCACCAAAAUGACCGCCACACCAACCACCACCGCACCCAAGCCCACGCCGCCCAGCGACUUGAGUGCGGGAGACUACCGCCUGAUGAAGGGCAAAGCCGUUUGCCUGAAGGCCCGCGUGGCCCUGCAGAUCCGACUCGUGACACCAAAGGCCAGUGGGACGUUCAUCGUGCAGCCCAAUAAAACCCAAGCUGUCGGGAAAUGUCAGGAGAACAGGGCCAACCUCACGCUGGUCUUCCAGGAGGGUUUCAUCACCUUCAUUUUCAACAAGAGCGCUGAAGAAAACCUCGCCUACGCUAACGCGUUGUUGUUCAGCCUCGUCUACCCCUUAAGCACAGCCGGCGGACACUACGCCGCCAACAACCAGUCGUUGCGCGCCUUCCCUGCGAAGAUCGGCCACUCGUACUCGUGCAGGAGCGAAUCAGUUUACAUGGGGAACGGAUUGUAUCUGGACGUCAAGGAUGAUCGGAUGCAGGCCUUCAAUCUGACCAAGAGUGAGGAGUUUGGUGUCACCGACCACUGCGCGGCAGACCAGCCCGAUUACAGAGUGGCCAUCGGGGUGGGCGUGACAUUGCUGGUGCUCAUCUUGGUGGUGGUCGUGGUGUACCUGCUGGGCCGCAAGAGGAGGACGGAUGGCUACCAGUCCCUGUGAGGCCCUCCGCCAAGGCGGAGCCCCAGAAAUGUGUGGGUCUUCAUCACCCACCGACCCAUCCCUGUAUAAAAUCCUGAUCGACUUGCCCAAUGUAUGUAUGCCCAAUGUUUGCAUUAAGUUACACAUUAAGUUGUUUUUCAAAUGUUUUUUUUUUGUUCCCCCCCCCCCCCAUAAGUGUUCCUUCGAGUGGUUCCUCCACAGCCUCAUAGAUUUUUUUUACGAUGAAUCCACUAAAAGGGAUGGGCCAGGGUUGCUUUAAGCGAUGCUAUUCCUGCAAUAUUGUCCUAAUCAAUAAUUGUAAUCCGCGGUGAGGUUGUGAAUGCAUUCAUUCUAUGAAUUAAGUCGGAGCGCCGAUUAAGUGGAUGUUGCUUCCUGCUGAUGAAUGCACAUGCUGUAUGUAUGUUGUAUUAAAGUGUCUUUUCAAAUGUGACGAGUUGCAUUGAGUUUAAUGAGGGAUUUUUAUGUCCAUGCUGUUUUGUCCAAGUCUUUAUGCCAUUAAAGAUUGAUCCAUUUGUAA